GGCCAGGAUGAGCGCAGCCAGAAAAUGGCGGAUAUUGAGGAGUUACGGGUAGGCGAAAGUGCAAUGAUAGCUGGCUACUUCUUUGCGUCUUUCAUAUGCUGAAGGCAUUUUGCAGUUGACGCUAUGUUAUGCUAUUAUGCCCGUCCGUUUGCUUUUCAUGCGUUAGGUUUUUCAUAGUUAAAAGAGAAACGCGAAAUCACUCCGUUAGACGGGUUGUGUUUAGCCUGUUAGCCACCAACCCGCUACUCGUUUAGCUUUCGAGAUGCUACACAAACAUUGAAGAUCAGCCACAAAAUGCAACUGCUUUUAUUGCCACCCUUCACUGCAUGAAAGCGCUUUAUUAUAAUGCCUGACUGAACUUGACGACUGUUCGCUUCAGAUGCAUUUCGGUCAUUUGUUAAGGAUUAUUAAAGAAAAAAGGAUUAACACGUAAGAACAAUCAAGCAUGGACCGUGUAAGGAAGGAAUAUGGUAUCAAGUUUCCGUGUCUCAGAGCUCCAGGUACUGUUAGGUUUUGCUGGAAGGAAUAAGAGCGGUCGCAAGCAUGAACUUUUGCUGAGGGCUCUGCAUCUACUGAGGAGUGGUUGUAGUUCUGCAGUGCAGAUCAAAAUCAAAGAACUGUAUCGGCGGAGAUAUCCAAGGACAUUUGAAGGCCUUCAAGAUUUGGCGGCUCUGAAGUCAAGCAUUAAAUCCUACUUUCAUCUGGACAGCAGUGCCACGGUUGUGAACUCAGAUCUUCCUCUGCCAACCGGCCAGUCAGACGUCCUUCAGGAGCACCAGGAGAGCUGUGAUUCACCUGUGUUUCAUGAGUCAAAGCCCAUGAUGAACAUGCAGCAGCCCACGCCACUAAUGGCCCCCGUCCACCCCGAUGUGCAGAUGAAGUCCUUACCAUUUUAUGAUGUUUUAGAUGUCUUGAUCAAACCAUCAAGUCUAGGUGCCCAUGCUGUUCAGAGGUUUCAUAAUGAAAAGUACUUCAUAUUUGCUUUGACUCCACAACAAGUGAGGGAGGUUUGCAUUUCUCGGGAUUUUCUUCCUGGUGGAAGAAGAGACUACAUGGUUCAAAUUCAACUUAGGUUUUGUUUAGCUGAGACCAGCUGCCCACAAGAAGACAAUUAUCCAAACGGCCUGUGCAUCAAAGUCAAUGGGAAGCUGUUUCCCCUCCCUGGCUAUGCACCACCGCCUAAGAACGGUGUGGAGCAAAAAAGACCCGGCCGACCGCUGAACAUCACGUCGCUGGUCAGAUUGUCCUCCGCAGUACCCAACCAGAUAGUAGUAACAUGGGCUCCUGAAAUUGGGAAGACAUACUCCAUGUCUGUUUACCUGGUCCGGCAGCUGACCUCCCCACUGUUAUUGCAGAGAUUAAGAAUGAAGGGAAUCAGAAACCCUGACCACUCCAGAGCAUUGAUUAAAGAAAAACUGACAGCAGACCCUGACAGUGAAAUCGCCACAACUAGUUUACGAGUCUCACUCAUGUGCCCUCUUGGAAAGAUGCGCCUUACGGUACCCUGCCGAGCUGUCACCUGUUCUCAUCUGCAGUGCUUUGAUGCUGCUCUGUAUUUACAAAUGAAUGAGAAAAAGCCCACCUGGAUCUGUCCUGUCUGUGACAAAAAAGCCACAUAUGAGAGUCUGAUUAUAGAUGGGCUCUUUAUGGAAAUACUCAAUGACUGCACGGAUGUUGAUGAAAUUCAGUUUCAGGAAGAUGGGACUUGGUGUCCAAUGAGACCAAAGAAGGAGACUUUGAAAUUAUCAUCUCCAUGCAUCUCAAAAAUUGAUUGUUCUGUUCCAGUUCGACAAAGUGCAGUGGUGUCAGUCCCAGAAACCAGCAAUCCAAAAAAAGCAGAUGUAAUCGAUCUCACACUAGAGAGCUCGUCUGAUGAUGAAGAGGAUGAUCCUCCUCUGAAGAAGCGCUGUAUAUACAUGUCAAAGGCUGAGGAGAUGCACAGCAAAGGGGUUUUGACUUACCAGCCAUCAACUGUUCGGGUGCCAAACGUCCAGACGCUGGACACCUCAUACCUGACCUCCUCAAUAGCGGACUACUCCGUUCCAUUCCACCAUUCAUCCUUAUCCUCUAUUCCCACAGAUAUGCAGAGUCUUGACUUAUUUUCUCUGAUUCAAGGGGAUCCCCAGCAGCAUUUCAGAGGGCCCAUAUUUUUAGACAGCCUCUCCAGCAGCCUUCAGAGUGCCACCACCAGCGCCAGUCUGGUUUCCUCAUCGGCUCAGUACGAGACAGCAACCCACAGCAGCAGCUCGAGUCAUGAGACGGGCGUAAUCACUGGAGGAUCUUCAGGUCUAUCAGACAUUAUAUCACUAGACUGAAUGCUAGUGCAGCGUGAUCGGCCAGUCACCAAACGAACUGCACUCAAGGCAAGUAAACCAAGCUAAGAACAAUUCUACCUUUGAAUAUGGACCUCAAGAAUCUUGUUUUACAAGGACUGCCAUGAAGCUCUCGGAAUGAUGUGGCUUGGUCAGCAACAAUGCUGUUUUUAGAUUUCAAACCUGAAUCAAGCGGUUAUCUCCUGAAUUGGGAAAACUGAGUUACACAAUGACUUGGAGCGAGCAGAGCAAAAUAAAUUGCGUAAAUGAGUGGACUGGAAAGCUCAGACACAUUGAAAAGCUGCACUCUAGUCUCCGUCGCUCUUGUGUUGCGUCGACGGUUCUGCAGUUGAAACGGAAACAGGUUUUCAGCGGCAGCUCAUUUUAUGUUUCGUCUAUUUCAGCAGUGCAAUUAUUUUUUUACAAUAAAAAGCAAUAAAAAUGUUUGUUGUAUUUUA